UGUUCUCCCUCUUUUUGUCUCCAAAAUAGUAAGCAGGUUGAACAAACUCUGCUGAGUUCAUUGCACACUUCUCUAAACGAAGAGUAGCCGACAUGGGAGCGAAUGUGUCUUUGGAAAAGUAUCCAACAGUUCCCGAACGAUUGCGCGUGCUGGCACAGGAAGUUCCAGACAGGGAGCUCUUCAUCUUUCACGGACCGGAAGGACGAAAGUCGCUCACAGCACAGGAAGUCUACACCCUGGGCGGGGUUUUCGCGUCGCGGCUGCGCAGCUACGGCUUCCGGAAGCGUGACGUCAUUGCUAAUAUGCUGCCAAACUGUCCGGAGCGUUUGAUUUCCGACGUGGGGAUUAUCCUGGCCGGCUGUGUCACAAUGAACGGACAGGUGAUCUACAAGGAGGGCAAGGAUUUCUUCCUGAACUGCCGACGGUCUGGGUGUGUGGGCGUGAUCAUGAUCUGUGACGACCACUCGAAACCCUGGGAUCUGCUGAAGGACUAUCUUGUUGACUGGCCCAGCUCCGGUCUCGCCCAAAUGACUUGUGAAUUCGCUCCCAAUCUAUGCAAGGCUGUUUUAGUCUCAAGACAAGAGAAAAGUACCUGCCAGCCCUUUUUACAAGACCUGACGUACAGCGACGAACCUCUGCUGGAAGCAGAAGUGGAAGCGGACGACAUCCUCAUGAUCUUCGCCACUUCUGGAAGUACCGGAAAUUCCAAGCUCAUACCUCGGACACAUGCGCAGACAUUUGCAAUCGAGCUCAUUGUUGACCAGCUGAAACAAAGUCAGAGGAUCUGGCGUGCCCUGGUGAGUGAGCAGUGUGCUUACGCUAUGGUGCACGUGCCGCAGAUAGAGCACAUUGUGAGCUCCUUACACCAGAUGGAUACGCCGCCCUUCAAGUUGAAAUAUCUCGGGCUUGGGGGACAACCUGUUAGAAAGCAUCAGUUCCAGAAAUGCUUCCUGCUUGGCCACUGCGUCACAAUGGCUUAUGCAUGUUCUGAAGCGGGCUACAUGGCCUGUGCUACCAUCUACCCCGGAGAUUCUGUUCCGGAUGACUUCUUCUGCGGGAAACCAUCCUACUUUGGGACAGAGGUCAAAGUGUUGGACCCGCAAGGCAAACCAGUACCCGUGGGUCAGACCGGCAACAUCUAUGUCAAAGGCCCUGGCUUAUUCAGCGGCUACCUCAACAUUGACAAGAAGACAGAGCAGAACGCAGCGGUCUUCACAGCGGAUGGCUUCCUCGACCUCGGGGACCUGGGCCACUACGACCAUGGCGGGAAUCUCUACGUGUCUGGCAGGACCAGUGACGUCAUCAUGCACGGCACGCAUCUGGUGUAUCCGGACUGGAUUGAGACGAAGCUUCUAGAACAUCCACGCGUGGCAACUGCCUUGGUUGUGCCGGUAUCUGACCCAGUUUACUUCCACAAAAUCUGCGCAUACGUUCAGCCAACUCCCGGAAAUGACAUCACAGAGGAAGAACUCCGGAAAUUCAACGAAGGCGGGAAGAUAAAAGCAGAGCUCCCAGUCGUUCCCACUGGUAAACCAGACCGACAAGCUAUUCGCAGUCUGGCUGAGAAAAUGUUUGGAAGGACACAGCCGGGGGAUGAAAUCGACAAGUUUACUCUGAAAUGUGGUGACAGGACUGUGUCGCUGUCGCAAAAGGAGCAAUUUGUAGGCAAGCUUAUGACAAAAGUUAACAAGCUGGAGCAGUUUCUGUUGUUGGCUCCACCGCAGUUAUCAAAGAUCACAGUGUCAGCUUCUCAGCAGUCCAGCGUCUGGUUGGGGGAACCACGUACUCCCAUGUUCUUCAUUGAUUACAAUGAUAAAAAGGGAAUGUAG